ACUGAAUCAUAGUAUUUUUUAGUCUUGAUAGAUGAUUGAAUACAAUUCUCUGUUUAGAAUUAUGCGACCACUUUCGCUGGGUUAAUCCCAUUUCAAAACAGUUUGCUUUUAAAAAAUUGUUUUAUUUUCUUUAUUCCGUGAACUCUUUAUCUCUAAAGUGUUAAUCUUUGUAGUUAAAAUUCAUUCUGACCUGUUAAUGUGUUAUUGUUGAAGGAAAACGGCGAUGGUUCUCACCUUAGAUUUGCAAGAUUUCCUUCUUCGGGGUCGGGUGUUGAAGCUGUACAGACAAGCUCUCAGGAUUGCGAGGAGAGCUCCAGAUGGUUCUAGCGAUGAAUUGAGACAGAUAAUUAGACAAGAGAUUGAGAAUAACAGGACUUGCAAUGACAGGCAGAGGAUUAGAUUUUUGAUCAGUGAUGGCUUAGAGAGAUUGAAACGUUUGGAUGAGACACUUGAUAUGCAGGGUCAUUCCUGAUAAAUAUCAGAUUCCGGAGCCCAGAGUUUCUGCAGGGAGAUCACUAGUUUCUGCUUGUAGCUCGGGAGUCUGCCUAGUUCCUUCCAAAGCAGACACUCUGGAGAAGAAUGGGACAUUCCCGAGCUCCAGAUUUUCUACCAGGGAGGUUACUAGUUUCUACAAAGGAGUCUCCCUACUUCCUCCCAAGCAGAAACUCAGGAGAAGAGCAGGAUGAGUUAGUAGAGUUGAUCGAAAUGCUAGAAACAAAUAAACAUUUUUUGUUAUGGUGUUUGACGACGGUAAGUGUAAAGUGUGGGAGAUGGUGUUACGGUUGAUGGUAGGAAGUGGUGUUGGGGUUUGAGAUUAAUAACCAGGUAACAUGUGUGUUACCCUAUAAGUAAUGAAUUUUUGUUAAUUUGAUUGAAA